AUUAGUGGACAAUAUAUCAACAUACAAUUAUUUUAUAAAAUCUAAUAAAUAAUUUUUGUUUAUAACACAAAUAUAACAACUCCUUUCCAUUUAUGUAUUUACCUCCAAUUUCGCUUCUAUCUCUCCCUCCUUUCCUUCCUCUGUUUCACUUCUCAAGCACAAAACCAAACACGUGAUUCUGACAACAUCCUCAAACACAUACAUGAAGACAACAACACUGUGUGUAUGUAUGUAACAUCAUAGAUUCAUAGUACUACUGCUAUAUUAAAAGAAGGAAGAAGAAAAAGCCAACUUUUUUCACUUGUUCCAAAAAAAGCCAUUACAUUUUCAUCCUCCCUCCCUCUCAAAUGGCCUCAUCAAUAAUUGGUUUUGGGGUUUCAUCCAUACCAUCCUCUCAAAGAAGACAUAAUAGCCAUAAAAUUCAAGUUCAUCAACCUCGUAGUUUUGAUGUGUUGUCUUCUGAAUCUGAUUCAUUGAAUGGAACUUCUUCUUCUUCUAUUUUUGUUGAAACAAACCAAAAUGGUUCUGGUUCUGGUUCUGGUUCUGGUUCUGUUCCUUUAUUGAUGAAGAAGUCUAAUAAUAAAGUUGUUGUUGAUGAUGAUGAUAAAGUUGGUUUGGCACCACUUUGGGAUGAUGGGUAUGGAAAUCGUACGGUUGAAGAUUACUUUGUUGUAGCUAAAGAGAUUUGUAAAGAUGAUGGUGGGCCACCACGUUGGUUUUGCCCAAUUGAAUGUGCUUCUCCUUACAAAGAUUCUCCCACACUCAUGUUUCUACCCGGGAUGGAUGGCACUGGAUUGGGUCUAUCUUUGCACCAUCAAGCACUUGCCAAGUUUUUUGAAGUUCGUUGCUUGCACAUUCCUGCUCUUGACCGAACACCAUUUGAAGGAUUGGUGAAACUUGUGGAAGAAGCCAUUAGACUUGAGCAUGCUCUAUCACCAAAGAAACCGAUUUAUCUCGUUGGUGAUUCCUUAGGUGGAUGCCUUGCACUCGCUGUUGCCGCUCGUAAUCCAACGGUUGAUCUAGUACUUAUUUUAGUCAAUCCUGCUACAUCCUUUGGUAGAUCACAGUUGCAACCUUUGUUACCUAUCUUGGAGUCUUUUCCUGAUGAACUUCAUGUAACUGUUCCAUUUCUUCUUAGUUUUAUUAUGGGUGAUCCGGUGAAGAUGGCAUCGGUCAAUAUUGGAAAUGGGCUUCCUCCGACAAAGAUAAUCGAACAACUGUCAUCCAACCUUACUUCAUUGCUGCCAUAUCUUCCGGAGCUGGCUAAUAUUAUACCAAGAGCCACUCUUCUUUGGAAGAUUAAACUUCUCAAAUCAGCUGCUGCGUAUACUAAUUCGCGUCUACAUGCUGUCAGAGCUGAAGUACUUGUGCUUGCUAGUGCCAAGGAUAACAUGCUUCCCAGUGUAAAUGAAGCUCAAAGACUUGCCGGUUCAUUGAAAAACUGCAAAGUUCGUAUCUUUAAGGACAACGGACACACUCUUCUUUUGGAAGAUUCUAUUGGUCUGCUAACAAUCAUCAAGGGGACUUGCAUGUACCGUCGUUCAAGGAGGCAUGAUUUGGUCAUGGACUUCCUUCCCCCUAGUAUGACAGAAUUCAAAUAUGCAAUGGAUCAAGUAGUCGGAUUAUUUCGUUCUGUUACCGGAUCUGUGAUGUUCUCUACACUGGAAGACGGGAAGAUUGUAAAAGGUUUGUCUGGUGUUCCGGAUGAAGGUCCCGUCUUAUUCAUCGGUUAUCACAAUUUGUUGGGAUUCGAACUAAUUUCACUUAUAGAAGAGUUUAUAAGUCAGAAGGCCAUCGCUCUUCGUGGAAUAGCCCAUCCAGAUCUGUUUACAGGAAAAAUAGAGACUUCUUCUUCUGAGUUUUCUAUGGUUGAUUGGGUUAAGGUAUUUGGUGGUGUGCCUGUUUCGGCAAGCAAUCUUUUUAAAUUACUUUCAACAAAAUCACAUGUUCUUCUAUAUCCUGGUGGUGCACGCGAGGCUCUUCAUUAUAAGGGUGAAGAAUACAAGUUGUUUUGGCCUGAUCAUCCGGAAUUCGUGAGAAUGGCAGCACGAUUUGGUGCUACUAUUGUUCCUUUUGGAGCUGUAGGCGAAGAUGAUAUAGCCGAAUAUGCUCUCGACUACAACGACUUAAUGAAGAUUCCUGUAGUCAACAAUUACAUCAAAGAUCUUAAUCGAGACUCGGUUAAGAUUAGAGAUGAGAGAAGUGGAGAGGUGGCAAACCAAAACCUGUCAUUUCCGGUGCUUCUACCGAAAAUACCGGGCCGUUUUUAUUAUCUAUUUGGGAAGCCUAUAAAACUGAAAGGCAUGGAAAAUAUACUAAAAGACAAAGAAAAUGCCAACCAAUUGUACCUGCAGAUUAAGUCUGAAGUUGAGCAAAAUUUAGAUUACUUGAUCAAGAAGAGAGAGGAGGAUCCUUAUAGGAAUAUAAUUGGUAGGAAAAUGUAUGAGGCAUUGAAUGCUUCUGAAACUGAUCAAGCCCCCACAUUUAAGCCCUGAAAAUUUGUAGAUAUCAUACAUUAUAUUAUUAUUUACUUAUUUUGAAUAACAUACAUAAUAAUAAUAAUAAUAAUAAUAAUAAUAAUAAUAAUAAUAAUAUUAUUAUUCAUUUUUAUGU